AUGACUCAACAUGAGGUUCCUAAGGAAGAGUCUUCCGAAACUAAAAUCGUUUUGGAAGGCGAAACGGAACGUCCCAUCGUCAUGAUUGAUAAUUACGAUAGUUUUACUUGGAACAUCGUGCAGUAUCUUUCGAAUUUAGAAAAGAGGUACCCGAUUUUGGUCAUUCGCAACGAUGAACUCACUGUGGACGAACUCGAACAAAUUAAUCCCUUGAAGCUCAUCCUGUCACCAGGCCCUGGUCAUCCGGCCCGUGACGGUGGCAUCUGCAACGAAGCCAUCUCUCGUUUCGCUGGAAAGAUUCCUAUUUUCGGAGUAUGUAUGGGCUUACAAUGCCUUUUUGAAAGCAUGGGCGGCAACGUCGAAUCCGCUGGCGAAAUCAUCCAUGGUAAAGUUUCAAAAAUAUACCACGACGGUCUAGGUCUGUUUCAAGGAAUCCCUCAGGGAAUUUCCGUCACCCGUUACCAUUCUUUGGCCGGAACCAUCAAGUCGCUUCCUUCCGACUUGGAAGUGACGAGCUGGACUGAAAAUGGUAUUAUCAUGGGUGCUCGUCAUAAAAAGUAUGCCAUCGAAGGUGUUCAAUACCAUCCCGAGAGUAUUCUCAGCGAAUACGGAAAAGAGUAUAUUCAAAACUUUUUAAACCUGACUGCCGGCACUUGGGAAGAAAAUAAUGUUAGUAUGCCUACAAAAAACAAUGCUUUUAACGAUGCUAUGAAGGAACGUUCCAAUAUGGUUUCGUUUUCUUCUGCUGCUCCUGAGAAUGUCCCCAAGCAAUCUAUUCUCAACAAGAUCCAUGCUCAGCGUCUCAUCGACAUUGCUGAAAGCAAAAAUAGUCGUGGCCAUAGCGUAAACGACUUGCAAACGUAUUUAAAAAUGAACCUUGCUCCUCCUAUGGUUAACUUCUAUGACCGCCUCAAAAAGUCGACUCCGGCUCUUAUGGCUGAGGUCAAGCGUGCUUCUCCUUCCAAAGGAGACAUUGAUCCUUAUGCUAAUGCUGCCCAACAAGCCUUGACUUAUGCAAGGGCUGGUGCUUCUGUUAUUUCUGUUCUCACUGAACCGAAAUGGUUCAGAGGUUCUUUGGAUGAUUUACAGGUUGCACGCCGUGCUGUCGAUCAGGUUGAGGACCGUCCUGCGAUCCUUCGCAAAGAUUUCAUCAUUGACCCUUAUCAAAUUAUGGAAGCUCGUUUAAAUGGUGCUGACUCUGUCUUGCUAAUUGUUGCUAUGUUGAGCUAUGAGCAAUUGGAAUCUCUGUACAAGUUUGCUAAAUCUUUAGAGAUGGAGCCCCUGGUUGAAGUUAAUUGCGCAAGCGAAAUGGAACUUGCUAUAAAAUUAGGUGCCAAGGUAAUUGGUGUGAACAAUCGUAAUUUACACAGUUUCGAGGUAGACUUAUCUACCACCUCUAAAUUAGUUGACAUGGUUCCCAAGGACGUUGUUUUGGCUGCUCUCAGCGGUAUCAGCUCCAGAGCCGAUGUUGAACUAUACAUGAAGCAAGGGGUUUCUGCUGUCCUCGUCGGUGAGUCGUUGAUGCGCUCUCCUGAUCCUGCUGCCUUUGCACAGGAGCUUCUUCAUGGAUCACCCAAAGAACAGGGCUCAGAUGCUUCUUCUAAGCCCCUUGUAAAGGUAUGUGGUACUCGCACUGUUGCAGCCGCUAAAACGAUUAUAGAAUCAGGAGGCGAUUUGAUAGGCCUUAUUUUCGCUGAUAAAAGUAAGCGGAGGGUGGAUCUCCAAGUCGCUAAAGAAAUUGUUCAAUUAGCUCAUUCUAACGUUCGUAACUACCGAGGCAUGGAAAGCCAACUGGGAGAACAUAAGGAUUGGUUCCGUUAUCAUUAUCAAAAAAUUGCUAAAUCUACUCAUCCAUUGGUAGUUGGUGUGUUCAAGAACCAACCUAUAGAAUAUAUUAAAGAAAUACUGUCAGAAGUCGAUCUUGAUAUCAUCCAGCUGCACGGACAAGAGCCUUUAGAAUGGGCCAAUGAACUACAAAAACCUGUUUUUAAGGUAUUUUCUCCUAAUGCAUCGGAACUGAUGACACCAAACUACCACAUUCUUCCUCUCAUUGAUGCAUUUGUCGGAGGCCAGUCAGGAGGCUUAGGCAAAACUGUUGAUUGGAAAGCGGCCUCUCAAAUAACUAUUCCUUAUGUUUUAGCUGGAGGACUGACCGCCGAGAAUGUUCAAGAUGCUUUGACUGCUUCUCAUGCUGCGAUCGUCGAUGUUUCUAGUGGAGUGGAAACGGAAGGUAUUCAAGAUGAUGAUAAAAUCAGAAAGUUUAUUGAAAAUGCCAAAAAAACAAUUUAAAAGAAUUGUUAUUUUCUAAAAUUGUAUAGUUAUGAAGAAUUUUUUUUUUUGGA